CACUUUACAGACUGCACUGGCAGUAGUUAGCAGCAGCAGCUCUCCAAGAGACAGCUAGGUGCUUUCAGAGAGAUCCAGUAUCCUGCAAGAGAGGAGGAGAAUACAAACCUACAUCUACAAAGGGAUCUGAACAUCUGCAGACACAGAAGACACUCUGCCCCUCCUAGGAGAUAAUAAUUAGUUGAUACCUGGGAUUUUGAGAAGAAGAUACAAUAAACGCUGGGAUUUGGAACUACUUUGAAUUUUGUACAUAACAAGAUAUUUUGUAACAAGCCUGAACAUUCCGGACUAAAAGGUUGGGAUAAUACACCACUCUGAAAGGGAUCAGGUGCAGCUGGGUGAGAGGUAUCUGGUUUAAUCCUGUGGACACUGAUUUGCAGGUUGAAAGUCUGCUCAGCAUCUCCAACCGCAUCUUCAGAGGUUCCACCAUCCGUUUGUCUGCUGAUCAGAGACUCACAUCCCACCUGCAUCCAUUCACCCCAGCAGGGGCUCCCAGGUUCUGGAGAUUCGUACAAGGUGAGACUUGGGAUUUUCUUGGCAAAUGUACAAUUGCAGAUAGAAGCCGGUGCUGUGCACUGUGCAUUGCGUAAAAAGUGUAUAGAUGGCUCUGAGACUUCUACUCACGUAUUAAUUGUUGGCUGAGGACAUCUUUUAUUUCAACCUCAAUAUUUUUUUGCACCCCCUCCCCUCUUGCUUGUCUGGAUGGCUAUGGAUCUGAUGGUGCUAGCUUAGAACUGAGGCUAGUAUUUGCCUCCACUGUCACACGUCCUGACAUGGUCCCUGAGAUGCCUCAUCAAUGCAGCUCUUUUGCUCAUUGAAGAAUGAAAUAACUAUAAGCCAUGAGGACGCGUUUAAAGUCCACAUCUGCUCGCUAAUCUCUGCUGUACCCUGACACAUUGUGCAUGCAGAGCAGGUGCCAGGCUCAGGAGGACCCCCAUCCUGUCCACUGCAAUUCAUGCUUGUCUUCUCUCUCGACUACAGGCUCAUCCGAGACAAGUCCGGCAGACACAGUAAGAACUGUCAAAGUCCAAGGGGGAGCCUUGGAGAGAGGUCACCUCAUCCACUUUACCUGGCACAUACAUUGUAUAUAUAUAUAUAUAUAUGUGAUUUUGGCUUUUUGGCAGUGUGGAUUUUGCCAUAUUGACUUGCCUUCUGAGAUCCACCUGCUCAUCGUCUGACCAAAAAAGGACUAUGUGGCUGUGGCUGAUCAUGGAAAUGGAUUUAUUGUAUAUUCUGCUCUUUCUGUCAGUGUCCUGCACACGAACUCGAGCCCUGAUCAACCUGAAAUACACGGUGGAGGAGGAGCAGAGAGCUGGGACUGCCAUUGCCAAUGUAGCUAAGGACGCCAAGGAUGCUGGCUUUGUGCUGGACCCCAGACAGCCAGCCUUCAGGGUGGUCUCCAACUCUGCUCCUCACCUGGUGGAUAUCAACGCAUCCGGUUUGCUGGUGACCAAGCAGAAGAUAGACAGGGACAUGCUGUGCAGACAGAGCCCGAAGUGUGUCAUCUCACUGGAGGUCAUGUCUAACUCCAUGGAGAUUUGUGUCAUCAAAGUGGAAAUAAAGGAUCUCAAUGACAAUGCCCCUAGUUUCCCCACUGACCAAAUUGACCUAGAGAUCUCAGAGACUGCAAGUCCUGGCACCAGAAUCCCACUUGAGAGUGCCUAUGACCCUGACUCUGGUAACUUUGGGGUGCAGACCUAUGAAAUCACACCCAACGACCUGUUUGGCUUAGAAAUUAAAACUAGGGGGGAUGGGUCCAGGUUUGCUGAACUGGUGGUGGAGAAAAACCUGGAUAGAGAGACCCAGUCUCAUUACAGCUACAUCAUCACAGCUCUGGAUGGAGGUGAUCCUUCUAAUUUUGGAACUGUGGAGUUGAACAUCAAAGUGAUAGAUUCUAAUGAUAACAAUCCUGUGUUUGAAGAGGCUGCAUACACAGUUAAUGUCCCAGAGAACUCCCCACUUAAUGCCUUGGUCAUUGACCUCAAUGCUACAGAUCCUGAUGAAGGCACCAAUGGGGAAAUCGUGUACUCUUUCAAUAGUUACGUGUCUGAUAAAACCAGGGAGCUCUUCAAGAUAGACCCCAAGACUGGUGUGAUCACGGUGAGUGGUGCCAUAGAUUAUGAAGAAGGACAUGUUUAUGAGAUAGAUGUGCAAGCCAAAGACCUGGGUCCCAACUCCAUCCCUGCCCACUGCAAAGUGACUGUAAAUGUAUUAGAUGUCAAUGACAAUGUGCCAGUCAUUAACUUGCUCUCUGUGAACAGUGAGGUGGUGGAGGUGAGUGAGAAUGCCACUCCUGGCUAUGUCAUAGCUCUAGUCAGGGUUUCGGACCGAGACUCUGGUAUGAACGGGAGAGUUCUGUGCAAACUGUUGGGCAACGUGCCCUUUAGGCUACAAGAAUAUGAGAGCUUCUCCACCAUCUUAGUAGAUGGCAGGCUGGACAGAGAGUAUAGAGAUCAGUACAAUUUAACAAUCCAGGCCAGGGACAGUGGCAAUCCCUCCUUGCAGUCCACCAAGUCAUUUACAGUCAAAAUUACAGACGAGAAUGAUAAUCACCCCCACUUCACUAAAUCCUUCUAUAGAGUCAAUGUUUCGGAAAACAACACCCCUGGGGCUUUUUUGGUGUCUGUAACUGCAAGAGAUCCAGAUUUAGGGAUGAAUGGGAGCGUGUCUUACCAAAUUGUCCCAUCCCAAGUGAGAGAUAUGCCAGUGUUUACCUAUGUGUCCAUCAACCCAACUUCUGGAGACAUCUAUGCUCUGAGAUCCUUCAACUAUGAGCAGACAAAAACUUUUGAAUUCAAAAUCUUAGCCAAAGAUGGUGGGAAUCCAUCUCUUCAAACCAAUGUCACUGUAAGAGUGGAAGUGUUAGAUGUCAAUGAUAAUACUCCAGUGAUCACAGCCCCCCCUUUAGUCAAUGGGACCUCAGAGUUAUACAUCCCCAGGAAUGCAGGGGUGGGCUACCUAGUGACUGUGGUGAAAGCUGAUGAUUAUGAUGAGGGUGAAAACGGUAGGUUGUCUUAUGAGAUCUCAGAAGGAGACCGAGGCUUUUUUGAGAUUGACCAAGUGAAUGGGGAAAUCAGGACCACCAGGACAUUUGGGGAGAACUCUAAGACCACCUAUGAACUUAUUGUGGUGGCCCAUGACCAUGGCAAACUGUCCCUUUCUGCAUCUGCCUUGAUCUUAAUCUACCUUUCACCAGCUUUGGAUGCUCAGGAGUCCAUAGGAUCUGUAAAUUUAUCUCUGAUUUUUAUCAUUGCCUUGGGAUCUAUUGCUGCUAUUCUGUUUGUCACCAUGAUUUUUGUAGCUGUGAAAUGCAAAAGGGAUAACAAGGAAAUAAGAACAUACAACUGCAGAAUAGCGGAAUAUUCAUAUGGCCACCAAAAGAAGUCAAACAAAAAGAAAAAGAUUAGCAAGAAUGAUAUUCGGCUGGUUCCCCGGGAUGUUGAAGAAACAGAUAAGAUGAAUGUGGUGAGCUGCUCCUCCCUUACUUCAUCUCUAAACUACUUUGACUACCACCAGCAGACCCUUCCGCUUGGUUGCAGGCGUUCAGACAGCACCUUCCUUAAUGUGGAGAACCAGAACACCAGAAAUACUGGGUCGAACCAUGUCUACCACCAUACGUUUACAAACCAGAGCCCGCCACAGCCUGACCUCAUCAUCAAUGGAAUGCCUCUUCCAGAAACUGAAAACUACUCAUUCGAUACAAACUAUGUCAAUAGCAGAGCACAUUUGAUUAAAAGCAGUUCAACCUUCAAGGACUUAGAGGGGAAUAGUCUCAAGGACAGCGGGCACGAGGAGAGUGACCAGACUGACAGCGAACAUGAUGUCCAGCGGGGCUUGUACUGUGACACUGCUGUCAACGAUGUUCUUAACACCAGCGCCAAUUCAAUGGGGACCCAAGAGCAAGAUCAGAACGAGGGAUUCCAUUGCAGAGAAGAAUGCCGGAUACUUGGUCACUCUGAUAGAUGUUGGAUGCCCCGAGUCCCAAUCACAAGUCGUGCGAAAUCCCCGGAACAUGGAAGGAAUGUGAUUGCAUUGUCAAUAGAAGCAACCACGGUCGAUACAGAACCUUUUGAAGACUGUAACAAAAAAAGAACUUUUGCAACAUUUGGCAAAGAUGGCAGUGAGCAUACUACUGAUGACAGGGCUACUUUGAAAGGUAAAAGGACAGUAGACUUGCCAAUCUGUAGCCCCAAGGUAAACGGUGCCGUUCGUGAAGCAGGAAAUGGCUGUGAGGCUGUAAGCCCCAUCACUUCUCCCCUACAUCUUAAGAGCCCCAUGCCAAACAAAUCUUCAGCAUCUUACAACAUAAUGCACUGCCCUGGCAACCGUGACGUUGAGCAGUUUGUAAGCAAUGGUCCUUCUCGACCAUCAGAAGCAGAGCCCAGGGGGGCGGACAGUGAAAAUGUAAUGCAUGAAAUCAACCCAUUACUGGAAGAAUGUCGAGAAAAAGACUCUCUGGUCGUAAAGAGACUAAAAGAUAUUGUUCUUUAAGUACCAAACCUAAACAGUGGAGAAACAUUGACUCAAAACAGUACAGCUUGUUUUUAAUUGCUUACCAAUGGUUCACAAAUUGCUGUAUUUAAAGCUUUCCCUAAAUGUAUUGUUUAUAAAUAAAGCUAUUGUUAUGUGACAAUCCCAAAAUUUUCAACACAGUGGCAGGGGUGUUCAAUCAAAGCAAGCAGCCUUCUCAUCAUCUCAUGUGCGCAAACUUAGAUACUGUUACCACCAUCAAUGUACAAAGUAUUAUGUAUGUAUUAAGUAUUUUGAAUUUAUAUAUUUUUAUAAACAUAUAUAUCAAAAUUAUAAUAUAAAAUAGCAUUAUUUGUACAGAAUUUAAAAAAAAAUAGGAAAACAAAAAUAUUCAAAUGCCACAUUGAUAAUUUCUCAGCUUAAGAUGUUGUAACAUAUUUACAAAUCUGACCAUAACUUGUGUGAUGCUCUAAUUUUUGAUGAGGUGAGCUACAGACAAGUGAAUGCCAAUCACGACCAUUUAUUUCAUCAUAAUCCGCUGUGUUGCUGUUGACACCCCUGCAUCAAUAGCCCUUUUGCUGUUACAUCCUAUCUGUACUAUUAAUGUAUUUGAUAUUUAAACUUUUUGUCCUGUGAUGGCAAAAGGCAUUGAAGUAAAAACUAAAGAAAUUAAAUAAUUUGCAAUUCUUUUUUUUUUAUUUUAUUUUAUUUUUAAAGCUUGGGACUAAAAUGAUGCACCUUUUAUUUUGCAUUUUAGUAAACGGAGAACAUAUUUUGUUCUUUUCAUAUCGCUGUAAUUUCACUGAUUUUCUACAGUGGAAGAUUAUGGCAUCCUUUUAAAUCUGUAAUUGCUAUUUAACCAGACAGUAAUGUAAGGUUUUGUGGAGAUUUUAUUUUACUUGAACAUUGAUAAAGCUCAUUCUCUAGCUCUAAAAGCAAUGCUUUGUUCUUUUUUAACGUCCAAAAUCAAGAUCUUAAUAUAAGCGUAAAGUGAAUUUUCUUUUUCUAUUUUUUUCACAUAUUCGCUGUCUCUCAGUCAAUCUUGUAUAUAUAUUUUUUUCCAGUUU